AACUACAUGUCAAAGGCAUAAUUAAAAAUCCCCGAGUAUGAAGUAGAUACUCAAUGUAAAAGUAUAGAAAAAAAUCUACAAAUAACUUUUUUACCAUGAAAAAAAAUACUCAAAAUCAUUCUCUUCUAUCGUGGGAGUACGCUUUGAUUGGAACCGAAGAAACCGUUUACCGAGAAAAUUUUGAAUUCAAUCUACAGAAAAGUCGUAUUGAUUCUAUCGUCAAUGAGCUAUAUGAAAAUUUGGAGUUAUUUUUUCAAGUGCACAGUGGAAUUCAACUUUCAUCGGAUGACUUAAAACUCGAUUUCGAAACUAAAAUUUUGCACUUGUUAAAUUUCGGAAUUGAUUAUGCGAUACAAUAUUUAAAGGAAAUACAAAUAGACAAUCAAUUUCAACACUAUGAAAUUUCCGAGAAAUAUUUACCUGUAUUGGAAGCCGUUCAAACCCUUUAUCAGUUGGUGCCUACCAAGGAUGAAAUUUUACUUCCUUACUAUCACCAACGCACUGAAACUGAGAAACGUCAGUGGAUAGCGGGCAUUUUGAUUAACAAAGCAAAAGUUCGAUCUCUUCAAGGAUCUAUAAGCUUCACCCAGAAUGCAAUCGAUAAAACUAAGCUGGAGUUGUUUGUGCAGAACGAAAGAAGUCCACGUGAAAUCCAGGAUAUCAUUGAGCAGUCAGAACUGAGAUUAAUGGAACUAAAGUUGACUGGCGAUCGCGAAUUCAUCCAGUUGCAAGAAAACACUUCAAAUAUUGUCCUCGACUUGGAACAACAUAAAGAGUACCGUGACUUGAUUGAUACUCACAGUCAAAAACGAAGAAAGAUCACUAAGUUAACAGUUCAGCUACAAUUGUGGAUAAAGCAAUACGACAAGUUUGUAGGGGAACCGAUGAAAGAUUUACUUGCAUUAGAAACGGAACUGGAAGAAUUUCCCGAAUGGAAGGCAAAGAUAUACGAUCCCCAGGAAGAACGAUUAAAUCAACUUAUGUUUAACGUGGAUCUUUUUGAGGCAGAACUUACUGAAGAAUUGAUUGAAAAUUUCCGAAUCGAACAUGCGGCCAGAAUAAUACAAAGGGGAUGGCGAAGGGUACUUGCUAAGAAACGUGCAAAGAAAAAAGGUAGAAAGGGUAAAAGUAAAAGAAAAGGGAAGAAAAAAAGCGCAAUUCCAUAACAACUUGGUAUUCAUCUUUCCCAUAUCCCAUAUUUCCGCGGUAAUGAAAUUUUCAGAAAAAGAAACCAUUUCAAAACUAGUAAACAAUAUGUAAUUGCUUUAACUAAAAUAAAUUAACAAG